AUGCCGGAAAACCACAGACCCUGCCGUGAGCACGGUGACAGUGAAAGCGAGGUCGCCUCUAGCGAUUCUCACUCAGAUAAAGGUAGCGGGCUGGAAGAGACGGGAACAACACAUCAAAAUGGGGAUCAUGGCGAAGCUGAGCGCGGUAUACCCGGAGGUGCGCAUCAUAAUGAAAAGCCCUUCCGUUUCCUUGACCUCCCCGCCGAGAUUCGUCAGAUAAUCUAUCAUUUCGUGCUCGGCGAUCAGACCAUCCGCGUUCGAUACUACGACGAUUAUGGCCUCGACGACGAGGAUGAGUUUGCGGUAGAUUUCUUCGUAACCGAGAUUCUAUCCUUUCGCUUCCAGAAGAUGGAUAUCGCUACUGAUUUGGAAGGACUGUUUUGGUGUGAAUGGAACUUGGGCAAUGAGGGCGCAGCGGACAACAGCUCCUACGGAGGGGACCCCGUAUGCCUCAAUAUCCUACUCGCAAAUAGGCAGGUUUACAGCGAGGCCUGCAAGAUCCCGUACUUCACGAAUACCUUUUCGUUCUUCGAGGCUCAUGCGUUCCAGCUCUUCGUCUCGCCCUUGUUCAGCGGUUGUCCUCGGGACUCGUGCAGGAAACUUGUUCGCAGCGUUGCCUUGUACCUCCCGCUCUUUGCAGAACCAACAGCCGAGGAUUGGGAUGCUCCUCCCUCGUCCUCGUCUGCCUGGGAACCCCAGGGUCUCGACGGAUUGCAGCAGCUGCAUAUCGUGGUUGGACGACGGGAGGAGGGGGGUGGCAUGGACACGGACCCCGAAAGUUCCGACGAGGAAUGGUGGACCGACAUCUAUCAUCUUAACGACCUUUUCGUCUUUGCCAAGCUGAACCUCCAAAAAGUCACCGUUGAGGUUCUUUUAAACUGGAAUUGCGAUGAGUCACAGCAAGAGCAGGCGAAGGUUUUCGAGCGGCGGCUGGAGGCGAAGCUGCUGAAAUGUGGUAAGGAUGAUCGUGAGAACGUGGUCCAGACGUCUGAUAGCAAGGACUCGCUGUGA